CAGAAAGUUCCGGCAUCACUCGAGAGAACGGCCAGCUGAAGAGGAAGCAUGGGAUUGCUCCUGGCCAUUGUUGUGGCACUCACUGCCUGCCAUCUGGCAGUAGGAGUUGAAGAUGAAGACGCCAGAACAGUGCCUGCUACCAGAUUGCGCUCUAUGGUAGUGCCUGUAGGUCCAGGCACAAGAGUGAGGUACUUGGUGAACCUGCUGACCGUACCUCAGGACCCCGAUAUGGCUCUAACGAACAACAAGGUGCUACCAGAGCAAGGAGGGAGUGUCCUGACCAGCCUACUGCUGUUGGCCGCGAGAAACAGUGACGAGGACGUGGAAGAGGGAGGUAAUCAACAUGAAUCAGAAAUAGAAGCGGUAGCCUCCGAUGAUUCUAAAGAUGGCGUAGCAACUCAACAAAAUGGUGACCCAACUGGUGAAUCCCGCAAGAAGAGAUCCUGCACCAAGUGCGAGUACGGCGGAGGUGGCGGGGGGUAUCCAAUGGGCGGAGGUGGAGGUGGAGGUGGAUAUGGAGGUGGAGGGGGUUAUCCUGUAGGUGGGGGUGGAUAUCCAGUAGCUUACAAGAAAUAUGUCUCUGGAGGAGGUGGUGGGGGUGGCUGUGGCGGUGGGUUCGGAUGUGGUGGGGGCGGUAGUAGCGGAUAUUAUCCGUCUGGUGGAGGCGGGUACGGUGGUUACCCUUCAGGUGGCGGCGGUGGAUACUACCCAUCUUCUGGGGGCGGUGGUGGCUACUGUAGUACAUGUGGAGGCGGCGGCGGAGGGGGUCAUAGUGGUAGUGGCUCCUAUAGUUCGUCUCAGAGUUCCAGUUCCAGCGCCAGCGGUGCCUGGGGCCGGUGAAGCCGACAGAAUAGAAAGACGAAGUUGCCUAUCUCAAACAAACCUUAAAUCUAGACGAUCUGAGUAAGAAUACUAGCAGCGACAUGCAAACUUCUGUCCGUGGGCCACUGAAUUUACAGGUGUGGCCCGCAAGAUAACUUCAUGAACGAAACUCACAAAAUUUUUGUCCAUCAUUAGGAAAUCAGAAUUUCACAAAAUUCUGUAAGCUGCCUCCAAGUUGCUCCCCUAUCUGUACCGUCAAAGCAAUACAAGACGUUAGAGCAUCUUCAUGAAAGGGCGUUCAAAUUUAUGUAAUUCUAACUUCUUGAAAUUUAAAAUGCAAUAUAACGUUUCUAAUGUGAAAUAAAAACUAAUAGAUAUUUU